GUUUGUGAAAUUGUAACGAUUCGCUAUGCUAAUCAAAGAAUAUCGUAUUCCUCUGCCACUGACGGUUGAGGAAUAUAGAAUAGCGCAGCUGUACAUGAUAGCGAAAAAAAGUCGCGAAGAAAGUAGUGGAGCCGGUAGCGGUGUAGAGAUCAUUGUGAACGAACCAUAUCAAGACGGACCGGGCGGUAAUGGGCAAUACACGCGCAAGAUCUACCACGUCGGCAGCCAUCUGCCGGGCUGGAUCAAGGGGCUGCUGCCGAAAAGUGCGCUCACGGUCGAGGAGGAGGCGUGGAACGCUUACCCGUACACGAAAACACGCUACACCUGUCCGUUUGUGGAAAAGUUUUCGCUCGAAAUCGAAACGUACUACUUCCCGGACAAUGGGCACCAGGACAAUGUGUUUAAGCUGAGCGGUGCCGAUCUGCGCAACCGUAUCGUCGACCUGAUCGACAUCGUUAAGGAUCAGCUGUACGGUGCGGACUAUACGCGAGACGAGGACCCGACGGUGUACUGUUCCGAGCGUACCGGGCGCGGCCCACUCACAGAGGCAUGGCUCGAUGAGCAUUGGGAUGAGGUGCAGGGCAAACAGCAACCAACCGCUCGCAAUAUGUCGCUAAUGUGUGCGUACAAGCUGUGCCGGGUGGAGUUCCGCUACUGGGGCAUGCAGACGAAGCUGGAGAAGUUCAUCCACGAUACGGCCCUCCGGAAGACGAUGCUGCGGGCCCAUCGGCAGGCCUGGGCCUGGCAGGACGAAUGGUACGGUCUAUCCAUGGAUGACAUCCGAGAGAUUGAACGGCAGACGCAGCUAGCACUGAAGCGCAAGAUGGGCAACGAGGAGGGUGCCGAGGAACAGGAAGAUGACGACGAGGAAGGUAACAGCAAACCAGCGGCAUCAGAGCAGGACAAUCGUAACGCGAAUCAGAUGUACUCAAUCGAAAAGACGAACGAAAACUCGACGCCCCACAUGGACAAGAAGGAACCGAUCCCGCUCAUCACUACCACGGCCGACGCGGAAAGUGGGAGUGGUCCUGUGUCACGGCCAACGCGCAAGGAAAAACCGAAACCGUCCGCACCCAGCUCCGAGGACGAUGAUUCGCCGGACGCCAAGCAGAGGGCGCAGGUCAACGUGGAGUACGACGAGGACGACGAGGAUGAGGAGGAUGAGGAAGAGGACGAGCGGCACGGGGCGCGGGGUGGACAUUCCCAGCAAGGUGCAUGCUAUCUGCGGAAGCAGAAUAAUACUGGCUCGAAGAGCAAGCUGCACUCACCGCUCGGAUCGGCCCACAGUUUCGAUCUGCAGGUUGCCAACUGGCGGAUGGAAAAGCUGGAGGUGGACUCGAAAUCUGGCUCGGAGGAAGAAUUUUUCGACUGCGUCGGUGAUAUGGGUGAGAAGGCCUCGCUGGUAAAGUGGAGCUCGCUGGAGUUGCUAGCCGAAGAAGACGACAGCCCGCAGCUUGCGUCAAAUCACCGCAAUCAAGAGGACAGUAUCUUCAGCCAGUCGUAUCUGCAGCGCGUGACAUCCGAGCGCGGCACGAGACGCUCAUUCCUCGGUCACCAUUCGUCGAGCAUUGAUCGGGGCACGGGGCAUGAUUCUCCGCCCGGUUCACCCGGACUACCUUCCUGUCCGACGACGGUGCUCGUGCUGAUAAUGCAUGCCGGCAGCGUGCUGGACGUUAGCUCGGACAUGACCACCAAGAAGUCGGACAUUACCACCUUCCGCGGUGCGCUCGAGUCAGUGAUGCGUCAGCAUUAUCCUUCCCUAGUCGGGCACGUCGCACUGCGGCUGGUCGCCUGUCCGGCGGUCUGUUCCGAUGCGCUCGGCAUCCUGUCCAGCUUGAGCCCGUACUCCUUCAACACGUCCUCGUCCAGUGCGGAAGUAUCGAACCUGGCGGAUGUGCCGAUCGGUGCGAUACCGCUCCUCUCAACCUGUGCGCCCGAUUUCCAAGAGUCGGUUAGCCGAGCUGUAUCCUGCGCGAAUCAAACGUUUGCCGACUUCCUCAAGUCGGACGAGGGUCGUGGCUUUAACGGGCAGGUGGUACUGAUCGGUGACUCGAUGGGGAGUGUCCUGGCGCAUGAUGCGUUGUGCCGGUCGACGACGCACCAGGGCAGUGAAGCGUCCGGUCUGAACCAUAUCGCGGAUUUUGUUGCCGAAGCGAACGAUCUGGACGCGACGAAGCUGCUGACGGCACCGUCACCUCGCCGCCGUUCGUCCUCGACGAGUGAGUCACGUGUACCAAAGUUUGAGUUUGAGGUGGGCGAUUUCUUCAUGUUCGGCAGUCCGCUGGCGGUGAUACUGUCCGCCCGGCGACUCUCGGACAGCAGGUAUGGUAGCAGUAAGCCGGCCUGUACCCAACUGUACAAUCUGUUCCACCCGACCGAUCCAACGGCGGCAAGGCUAGAGCCGCUGCUGAGUGCACGGUUUUCGAUGCUGCCGCCGGUGAAUGUUCCGCGGUAUGCAAAGUAUCCGCUUGGCAAUGGGCAACCGUGCCAUCUGCUUGAGCUGAUACAGUCUAGUCCGCAGCUGUUUGCUGAUGGUGGUCCAUUGCCGUCCGCCCGCCGACUGUCGGACACGUCGAUCCAGAGCGCUGCCUCGGGCAUGAUCGAUAAUGUUCCGCUCAGCACGAUCAAUCAGCUGCAGCAGCGCUGGUGGGGCUCGAAGCGUCUCGACUAUGCACUGUACUGCCCGGAAGGGCUCAGCAACUUCCCAUCCCACGCACUGCCCCAUCUGUUCCACGCGAGCUACUGGGAGUCGAGCGAUGUGGUCGCAUUCAUACUGCAGCAGAUUGGCCGUUUCGACGAGUCCGGUGGUGCCGGGUACGGGUACGAGAAGGACGUGUCGAGCUUCCGGCCAUCGCAACCGCGCGAAAAGUGGAACAAGAAGCGCACCUCGGUAAAGCUGAAAAAUGUCGCCGCCAACCACCGGGCAAACGAUGUGAUCGUGCGGGAAGGUGAACCGCAGCGACUCGUUGCUCGCUUCAUGUACGGACCGCUCGAUGUGAUUACGCUCGCGGGCGAACGUGUCGACAUACACGUGAUGCGUGAUCCACCGGCCGGCGAAUGGCAGCUGCUGUCGACGGAAACGACCGACAAGAAUGGGCGCGUUAGCUAUAUCGUGCCGGCAGAGCAGGCCUGCGGUUACGGCAUCUUCCCGGUGAAGAUGGUCGUGCGCGGUGAUCAUACGUCGGUGGACUUUUAUAUUGCGGUGGUGCCACCGCGCACCGAGUGUAUCGUGUUCAGCAUUGACGGUUCGUUCACGGCGUCCGUGUCGGUGACGGGCAAGGAUCCGAAGGUGCGUGCCGGCGCGGUCGAUGUGUGCCGCCACUGGCAGGAGCUGGGCUAUCUGUUGAUCUACAUCACCGGUCGGCCGGAUAUGCAGCAGCAGCGCGUACUGUCCUGGCUGAGCCAGCACAACUUCCCGCACGGUCUCGUUUCGUUCGCGGACGGACUGUCGACGGAUCCGCUCGGCCAUAAGGCCACCUACCUGAACAAUCUCAUCCUGAAUCAGGGCCUGAUCGUGCAUGCGGCGUACGGCAGCAGUAAGGAUAUUAGCGUGUAUACAAGCAUUGGCCUGAAACCGAAGCAGAUCUUCAUUACUGGGAAGGUGAGCAAAAAGCACCAGUCGAUGGCAACACCACUCACCGACGGGUAUGCCGCACAUCUCAGCUCCCUCAUGACGGUUGGCGGUUCCCGACCAGCGCAGGGUAACGCCCGUAUGGUGAUACCGCGCAGCUGCUUCAACCUGCCCGGCCAAAAUCAAUCCAUUCGCAGGCGAAGGUUCGUGCCGGGUUAA